GCCUGCAUGCACUUCUUAUUAGUCGCGUUCCUCUGCCGGCGAGUUCUGUGGUGAGGAAGAAGACCGCGGGAAAGCGGACGUCAGUGUGUGGGAAAGAGCUAAUGGGAUCACUUGCCAUGAUGAUGGCUUCCUCCCUCGUCGGCGUCGGCGCCGCCGACCGGCCCUCGACCAGCUGCCACCGCAGGAGCCUUGUUGUGGCCGAGGCGGCCACCCAAGCUCAAGCUGCCGGCACGCCCGACCAUGAGAACGUCGGCCGCAGGGCCGCGGUGUUCGCGGCUGCGGCGGUCGCCCUGUGCGCCGUUGACCGGGGGAUGGCCUCCGCCGACGAGGAGCCCAAGCGAGGGACGGCGGAGGCGAAGCGGAAGUACGCGCCGAUAUGCGUGACGAUGCCGACGGCAAAGAUCUGCCACAAGUGAGCUCUCUACCAAUUGGGUUAAGCCUGUGCUAUGUGAUGCACUAAAACUCGGUCUACAUUGCUACAUCUGUAAUUGCUACUGCCUGGGAAAAACCUUUGAAAUGUUGAUUUUAUGCUCAACCAAAUUAAUGGAUCAAUACAAUCCAUGCAAUAUAGCUUGAGAACA